CCAAUUUAAUAGAUACUAAAUUAUCACAAUCAAAACGAUUAAUCGUUUAGUUAGACAAAUCAACCAACGAUUAACAAUCAAUAAGCUGAGAGAUGAAAUUAAAUCAAAACUUUGCCAAAUUUCGUUGACAAUUAAAAACGAUAAUAAGAGUUGAUUACUAAACCUAAACAAUUUAGAAGGUCAAUUACAUGUUGUUUUCUCUUUAAAAAUUGAUCAUUUCAAGAUUUAAUUACAAUCAUAGUAAUUUAAUUACCUACGAAUGUAAAUAGUCCUAAAUGAGAACGAAAAUAAAUUUAUCAAUGAAGGUUAAAGUUUCUAAAAAUAAUCUCGCCCAUAGGAAAGAAACUGUUGCCAAAAAGAUUUAAAUUCACAUUGAGAUGUAAAAGUGACACACACAAAGAUUAUCUCUGUUGAUUUAAUUUCUUUGUCGAAAUCAAAUCAAAUAAACAAUCAACGCGACAAAUAUUCAAUAUUCUGGACAAUCAACUGAACCGAUCAAUCAAAAAGUAACCUUAAUCUGGAUUAUCCUCUCAACGGUUAUAUAAAAUGUGACUUUAUAUUCAUAGUUAAUUGUUACACCUUCUAAUUAAUGAUGUUUGAUUCUCAUUCUGAUUAUCCCAAUAUUUAUAAUCGUUCAAACCAAGUGACUGUUCUUCAACAAACAAUCAGCUAUUUUCUUACGAUUAUAUCUUCAAUUCUAAUCAUCAUUACUCUUCCCUUUUCACUUAUAUUCUGUUUCAAGGUUGUCCAGGAUUACGAACGAUCGGUGACCCUUAGACUUGGAAAUUUAAUCGGCGAUGGAGCUCGUGGGUCAGGAAUUGUGUUUAUCAUCCCUUGUAUUGAUACUUAUUGUAAAGUGGAUUUAAGAACAGUUUCUUUUAAUGUUCCUCCUCAAGAGGUUUUAACCAGUGAUUUUGUCUGUAUUAAGGUUGAUGCUGUUGUUUAUUAUCGUAUAAUUGAUUCCACUGCGUCCAUUUUGAAUGUUUCCGAUGUUGGCAGGUCAACUAGACGAUUGGCAGCGAUUACGUUGAGAAAUGUUGUCGCAACCAAAACAUUAACUGAAAUUAUCUCAGAGCGAGUUAUCAUUUCCAAUAAGAUUGAAAAUAAUUUACAAGAAGCAACAAGACCAUGGGGAGUUGAUGUUGAAAGAGUUGAAAUGAAGGAAGUUCGAUUACCUGACCAGUUACAGAGAUUAAUGGCCACUGAGGCCGAAACUGAGAAAGCAGCAUCGGCACAGAUAAUUCUUUCCAUUGGUGAGAAAAAGUCUUCCAGGUUAAUCAGAUCAGCGGCUACAGCUUUCGACUCGAGCAGUACGGCGAUACAGUUGAAAUAUCUUCUAACACUUUCAUCGAUAUCAAGUGCUCACAAAGAUCUGGAUAUAAUUGUCUUUCCAUUUCCAAUAGAAUUGGCUGAACCAAGUAUCAAAUUCAUUUCCAAUGCAACCAAAGGAUUUGGAUUAUUACUGCAAAAAAACAAAAAGAGUAACCGAGGUGAAUCAGAGAGAACCACUAAUACUGAUAAUACUCAAUUACUUGAAACAGUUUAAUCAACAACGACUGGAACAUCUUAACCAAUUGAACGAAAUCAACCAAUUAACCAAUUAACGAAAUCUACAAAAACAAAACAAAUUGCGAAAAAAAAAAUAUAAUCCAAUUAGUCAAUUAGCAAAUGAAGAAAACCAAAUUUCUCCGUAUUAACCACAGCAAACUGUAAAAUAACACAAAAGCCGAAAGAACCUUUGUCACAAUCAACGUAAUUGCUGACAAUUAACUUACCAAAAUUAAGAUGAAAUUUUAUAUCAAUUUUAUUAAUCAACAAUUAAAAAGAAAAGAAAAAAAAAUCAUU